AUGUCUCUCUUUUCAACGGUUCCCUGCUGGUCUCACGCCUUGGAGGAGCGUGUGGAUGCUAGGGCAGUGGCAGUCCUUAAUCUGAUGCGCGCCAAGAACAACUCGGCUCAGAUUGUCGUCGGAUCCCUGGCGGGGCGGCUCACGGUGCUGCGGACUGAGAGUAACGAGUCCGAGACUCUCACGAACACAGUAUUUUCUAGCGAGACAGAAAACCCCAUUCUGGGCCUUGAGUUGGGCUUCUUCACUGGUCCAUCCCCGCUCAUUGACGAGGCGGCCAGCAAGCCCGAAAAUUUGGAGUUGGCGGUAGUUCAUCCCCACUCGAUUGGUAUCUACACUCCUAAAAGAUUGCAAGACGGCGAUAUAGGCUUAGAGCUGGUGAGUACGGUGCACUUUAGCAGGUACAUAAUUUCCACAUGUGUCAUCACCUUGCCAAGUCCUAGUACUGAGGCCGGCGCUGCCCUCUAUCAUAGUAGGCUUGCAGUAAGGACAGACGAUGGCAUACUACACAUCUGUGCCCGUAGAGUGAUGGCCACCCACCGUCUAGGACUUAUGUACAGUUUCCCUACUCCGAUGGCCUUUUGCCCGGGGACUAACUCAUUGGUCAUAGCCACGUUUGAUUACACGAUUGUAUCUUUUUCCUGUGCAGAUGUUAUGAAUGAUACUGGAGGUGAAGCAUGGAAUAGUAGUACCGAGCAUGAUGCAACUGGACCUGCAAGUACAUUUAAUGAUGAGGGAAACCCCCUUUUGCGCGGUGUGCCACAAUCAAGCAAGGACGUCCGCUCUUCUCCGCUGAAGCCACAAUGGACUUAUGUCAUUGGUGAGCGGAUUCAGCAACUUUCCUACGGCCGCUGCUUCGGAGUAGACUCAGGACUGGAAGGCGAGGUCAUCGCUCUGCACACACACGGUAUAACACUUGUCAACGCAUCUACAGGAUUGCUUUCCGUGGAAAAUCAGCUCCCAGAUGGGCUCUUAUUCAGCAUGGCCUUAUUCAGAGCUCCAGUCAAGGAAAAGGAGUCCACCUCCCAGCCGAUUCGGCAGAGAAGGAUCAAUUUGCCUGAGAUUUCGUCAAUUGUUGUCUUAGACUCCAAUAGGACACUUCACUUCUUCCGCGGAGGUGAACUUAGAUGGACGUCUAGGCUAUCGGAUAGCAUCGACGAGCCUGUGGGCGUUCAUACUCCGCAAUACAUGGCCCAAUUGUUUGUACCUCGUAGUCCUCCAAAGAUGUGUAGCCAGGAUGGCUUGUUUGUGGUCCAGUCCCGCAGUGGAUCUAUACAGGUUCACCUCCUUGGGACCAACCCCUUGGACGUUGAUGGAAGACCCAGUAGUUUGCUUCCUUCUCUUCUCUCACCUAUUGCUAUCCCGAAACAAGCUGUAACGAAGACCUUGAUGGAGGAAGCCCAGAAGCGAGUAAGCGCUUUAAAAGCCCAGCAUGCGAGCAUGCGCACAGGCUUGGAUGAGCUCAUUACUGUUAACUGCGGCAUCAGUAAGUUUUAUCGGGAUGGCAACACAAAUUACACCAUAAUAGAACUAACACUUAAAGCUGUAUCUGGUCGAUUGCCUUCGGCAACGCUCGGAGUUACUGGCUGCGGAAGCUAUGAGGAGCCCAUCACCGACCUAUCGUCCCUUGCAGAGUAUCCCUCUUUUCUUUCCUCUGAUAACAAAGAUAUCCAUGCACCACUAGCAGGCCCACCGUCUUCUUUUAUUCAACUUGGGGAUAGAGAAUGCUUCAGAUCAAUAACAAGUACAAUAGUGCAUCUUGGCAGCGGAGCACCGGCUACUGUCUACAUCAAGCUAGGGAUCUCCGAUCUUUCCUUCUUUGUCUCACCAUCUCUGCAUCUUUCCAUCUGUGCCAAUGUAAAGAUCCCGUCAGAGGACUGUCUUCUGUCAGUACCCUUUGUUGUAACGCGCAGCCUAUCCCUUCCAUUGUUUUCGAGUGCUCUAGUUCGUGAGAGCUCUGUUUUUCCGAAAGCCACCGAUCUACCCUUAAGGGUCUCUUUAAAGAUAAGCCCUAAGGAGUCUUUUUCUACCCUUCAUGAGCUCCUACUUAAGCGGCCCUUCUCUGCAUCUAUCCUCUCUGAGGUGGGGAAGAAGUCGCCGAAUGCUGUGUGCAUAAUUGCAGGAGUCCACGGCCAGGUAGUUGUUUCUUUCCAGGACAUGCAGCUUCACAUUACGGCAACUGCUCUGGAAAUACUACCCCUUGGGAUAGAGUUUCUUCUGGGAUACAAGAGCUUCUUCCAAAUUACGGGUAUAGACUAUAGCGAAGAGCUAAUACUUGACAAACUCCUGGAUAUCUACGGCCAAUGUGUGGAGCUGAGCAACGCCUUGGAGAAGCUCAACCUACGCUUGGGUGUAACCUCGGAACUUGUUGCUGAUGUCCUGCAACUUGUCACGGAAGUCAUUCCACGGAUUCCAUUUGGCACGCAGCCAUUUGAUGUGGACUUCACUAAGCUCUUGCCUAAGUACUCUCAAUUCUCCUACCAGUCCAUUUUGGGAAGUAUUGGGUUUCUUACUCAGGCUACCUUCAAUCAGGGUCAGAGCGUCCUGUCGGCUACACGGUGUACGAAUGUAGGAGAGAAGGUUGAUGCUCUCUUGUCCUACUACGAGCUGCAGCUUCGUGAUGCGCAACAGCUGUCUGCUAACCAUCAGCAUCUGCUACAAAAGCUAAGGGCGGGCAUGAACGUAGUUGUAGGUAUUAUAGGUAUUUGCUUCUUGAUGAGAGGAGAGCCCACGGAGGAGGGCUUUGAGCAGCUGCACCAAUGCCUGACAGAGUUCGAACACCCAUCACACUUGUACUACUUUAUUACAUAUUAUUCCAAACAAGAUGACGAUUCGGUAUCCAGUCCACGCACAUAUGACUUUGCCAACUGUCCAACACCAGAUCAACUUCGAUUAGGAACCCGCAGCCUUUUAGCCAGAUUUGCAUAG